GAAAAGAUAAUUCUUUUAUUGGGUUUGUGGGGCAUAAUAUCUGCUCCGCCAGUGGAAGUGGUCUCAAACUCUCAAAGUAGAAUAGGAGUUGAGCUGCUCAGCAACAUUAGUUAUGAUCAUCUGUUUGUUAUUCAACAACCCUUUGUAACUGUGGAUGCACUUGAAUUGGGGGCCUAAAGGCCAAAACCCACAAAGGUGCUGAGACUAAAACCGCGUGAUUCCAGCCUUUUAGCCAACCCACAAAGGUGCUGAGAAUGGAAAAUCGUUCUGCACCUUUCCUUUCCAGAAAAUGCCUCAAGAAACCAAUAAAGAAUAAAAAUCACUUUCCUUUCUCGCCCCCACACCCCAGCUCUUGAUCUGAACCAUUGGAUUCCCAUUCCCCUCUCCAAAACCCCAUCUUUGACCAUUCUUUUGAUCAUAUGUCUCAUCCGUCAACGCUGGACACUGAAAGGAAUAGAACUGCAGAUGAGACAGGAGAGAUAGGGAAGGAGAAGAGUCGUGCUUCUACUUUUCAAGAACAGCAAGAAACCGCCAUAUCUGAGCUUCUGAUUCAUUCCCAUUCUGCAAAGGUAUAUUUUUGUCUCUAUACUGAGAAUCCCUAAUUUUGUCUCUUAUAGAUAUAGACCAGAACACUUUCAGCCACGUUCGCCGCAUCUGGGUGGCGUAUAUACCCAUUCUUAUCUACCUAUAUAGACACACGCACUUGCAUAUGAAUGUGAGGGAAGGAGUGGGGAUUUGAAGGUGGGGACGAAAAUGGUGCGGCAACAGUGGAGAGUGGUUUGGGUCAUAAUCUUUCUGUUGCUGGUUGACUCUACAUUCGAACAGUCUUUGAGUUCAAGAAAUGAGAAAUUGGCUUUGCUGCAAUUGAGAACAUCUCUAGGGCUGCGGGCUAAAGAGUGGCCUAUAAAGCUUGACCCUUGCUCGGGAUGGGUUGGUGUUCAUUGUUCGAGUGGUAGGGUAGUGGGGAUCAAUAUCAGCAGGUUUAAGCGCACAAGAAUUGGAAGUCAAAACCCUCAAUUCUCGGUGGAUGCCCUACAGAAUUUAACUAGAUUGACAACUUUUAAUGCCUCUUUUUUCUUGCUUCCUGGCUCUAUCCCAGAAUGGUUUGGCCAUAGAAUGACUUCUCUUCAAGUUCUUGAUCUCACUGCUUGUUCAGUCACAGGUUCUUUGCCAGCCUCUCUGGGGAACUUGAGUAGUUUAACUGAGAUUCAUUUGUCACGGAAUGGACUUACUGGGAUGGUUCCUACUAGUUUGGGUCAAUUACCCAACCUUUCUUUUCUUGAUUUAUCACAGAAUGCACUUAAUGGGGUCAUUCCCCCUGCCAUUGGGAGUUUGUCAAAGUUGAGAUUCUUGAAUCUUUCUGGAAACAGUUUGUCUUCUUCAAUACCGUUCGAUAUCAGCAAUCUUUCUAGUCUCACUGUCCUUGACCUCAGCUUCAAUACACUCUCUGGGAUUUUGUCUGCUAAUUUGUUCCUUCCUUUAACUAAGAUGAAGUCCUUGUCAAUGGAUCAUAAUAAUUUUACUGGUUCCUUUCCUGCUGCAUUGUGGUCAAUGCCCGCGUUGCAAUUCCUUGAUGCCUCUGCAAAUAGAUUCACGGGAAAUCUGCCUAACGUCACUUCGACUGCCACUGCUUCCACUGCAUUUUUUAACCUUUCACAGAAUGAGUUUUACGGAUACCUCUCCACUGUGGUUCGCAGAUUUAGUUUUAUUGAUCUGUCGAGUAACUAUUUUGAAGGUAAAGUUCCUAGCUUUGUGCAUGGAAAUGUGUCUAUAAACAGAAACUGCCUCCAAAACGUGAAAAGUCAAAGGGGUGGAAGUGAAUGUAGUUCGUUUUACAAGGCAAGGGGACUGGUGUUUGAUUCUGGGCAAUCAAACACCACCCAACCUCUCCCCACUCCUCCUCCACCAAGAUCCAGUAAGAGCCACAGGAAAACAAUUAUAUUGGCAGCUGUAUUAGGUGGCGUUGGAUUGUUAAUAGCCCUGAUUUUGAUUUUUUCCUCGGUGCUGUUAAUAUGCAAACGGAAGAGCACGGCUACUCAAAGAGGUACGGGGGUGGGACCCGUUCCUACAGGAUCAACUCCCCCUCCUUCUGGAUUGUCAUUGAACCUUUCAAGUUUAGGAGAUGCAUUUACUUAUCAGCAGAUUCUUCAAGCCACCUCAGAUUUCAAAAUUGAAAACUUAAUGAAGAAUGGACAUUCCGGUGAUCUUUUCAGAGGUUUGUUAGAAGGUGGGGUCCCUGUGGUCAUAAAAAGAAUUGAUUUGGAGUCGGUGAAGAAGGAGGCGUACUUGGUGGAACUGGGCUUCUUCAGCAAAGCCUCUCACGCAAGGAUAGUUCCUCUUUUGGGGCAUUGCUUGGAGAAUGAGAACCAGAAGUUUCUGGUUUACAAGUACAUGCCGAAUGGAGAUCUCUCAAGCUCUUUGUUUAAGAAAAAUGAUUCUGAUGAUGGAAGUUUACAGUCAUUAGAUUGGAUAACACGGCUGAAAAUUGCAAUUGGAGCUGCUGAGGCUCUAUCUUAUCUUCACCAUGAAUCUACUCCUCCCCUUGUGCACAGAGAUGUUCAAUCCAGUAGCAUACUGCUGGACGAUAAAUUUGAAGUGAGAUUAGGGAGCCUGAGUGAAGUUUGUGCACAAGAAGUAGAUACUCAUCAAAAUAGAAUUUCCAGAUUGCUACGAUUCCAACAAACAUCGGAUCAAGGCUCGUCAGGUACACUUCCGUCAUAAGUCUUAAUUUAUUUAUUUAUUUAUUACUCAGUCAUUUACAUCACACCCCUCUUAAUGUACCUUAAACAAAUUUCAUCAAUCGCAGUUGUUAUUUCAGUGCAAUAAAAAUAGAGUUGUUUUAAAUAGAUCUUCACAAAAUCAUUUGUUUUAGGCUUUUAGUAGUCAUCACCUGAGUUUUUUGCUUAGCCAUAAUUGUGGCCAAUGUUUUAUUAGAUAAAAAUUGACAUUGAUGGAGAGGGAUUAAAAAGAAAGCUGUGUAAAAAAAUUGAUGGAAAACAAAAAUGUAAUUUCAUAGGGACCUAAAGCAAAGACGUUUCAUUUACAAGGGAUGGAAACAUAAAGUCUAUUUUAUUUUCUUUGAAUAUAUAUAUAUAUAUAUAUAUAUAUAUCAUACAAGUUCUUUGCAGCCAGUUGGUAUAUGCGUAGUAUUUAACUUAAUUUAUUUGUACAUUUUCCCCUUUCGAAAUGAAUGAUCAGGAUCAUCACAUUCCGCCUCAUGCACCUAUGAUGUCUAUUGUUUUGGGAAGGUGUUGCUUGAACUAGUGACUGGCAGACUAGGUUUCAGCGGGUCCGAUGAUGGCAACACGAAGGAGUGGUUGGACCGGACAUUGCCAUAUAUCAGCAUAUACGACAAAGAGUUGGUAACGAAAAUUGUGGACCCCUCUCUGAUCAUAGAUGAAGACCUAUUGGAGGAAGUGUGGGCCAUGGCCAUCGUUGCCAGGUCAUGCCUCAAUCCCAAGCCUGCAAGGCGGCCUUUGAUGAGAUACAUUCUUAAAGCUUUGGAAAACCCGUUGAAGGUGGUGAGGGAAGAGCACCACACAGCAGGGUCUGCCAGGCUCAAGGCCACCUCGUCAAGAGGUUCGUGGAACGGGGCCCUGUUUGGCAGCUGGCGGCAAAGCUCUUUGGACGUGCACGCAACGAAUAAGGCGGCGGAAGGGACGAGUAGCUUCAAACGUUCUAGAACUUCAGGCUCGCAAGGGAGUGGGCCCAACGGUGGUGGGGAGGGAGGAGGGCAUUCAUCGUCGAGUAGGCGGUCGAAGGAGAUAUUCCCGGAACCGUUGGAUGAUGUGGCGUGUGGCGAGACCAACUGAAUGAGUGAUCUUUAAUUUUGAUUCAUUGAUUGUUGUUUAUAAUAACACAGCAAGCUAGCUACCCAUUCUUGGCAGCUUGGCUUCCAUUGGCUACUGUUGGAUGUAUAUUCUACUCUUCAUUUUUUUGGUGCUAAAUUUCUAGGCUCUUUUUUAAUUUAGGAAUUGUGAAUGAGAUGAUUGGUUAGUUUAACACCAAAGAUUGGUUGGAUCUGGAAGAUUUUUU